CCCACUACCCGGAAGCAAAUACGGGCUGCGCGGCGCGGCCGUGUUGAGGUUCCGGGUCGGGCCGCGCGGCAGCCUGCGCUCCGGUUGCCGCUGCGGCGCCCCGCCCCCGCUCUCUGGAUCUGGGCAGGUGGCGGCCGCAGGGCCGCUCUUGGGGCCACAUGGCUGAGGGGGACGCUGCGAGCGACCAGAGGCAGAAUGAGGAAAUUGAAGCAAUGGCAGCCAUUUAUGGCGAGGAAUGGUGUGUCAUUGAUGACUGUGCCAAAAUAUUUUGUAUUAGAAUUAGCGACGAUAUAGAUGAUCCCAAAUGGACACUUUGUUUACAGGUGAUGCUGCCAAAUGAAUACCCAGGCACAGCUCCACCUAUUUAUCAGUUGAAUGCACCUUGGCUGAAAGAGCAAGAACGUGCAGAUUUAUCAAACAGCCUUGAGGAAAUAUAUAUACAAAACAUUGGUGAAAGUAUUCUUUACCUGUGGGUGGAGAAAAUAAGAGAUGUCCUAAUAAAGAAAUCUCAGAUGUCAGAACCAGGUCCAGAUGUAAAGAAGAAAACUAAAGGGGAUGACGAUGGAUGUGAAGAUCAUCUCAUUUUAGCAUGUCAGCCAGAAAACCCGGUUAAAGCACUGGAUUUUGGUAUCAGUGAAAAUCAAACAGAAAUAGAAGAAUUACCUCCAAUUGAUCAUGGUAUUCCUAUUACGGACCGAAGAAGUACUUUUCAGGCACACUUGGCUCCAGUGGUUUGUCCCAAACAGGUGAAAAUGGUUCUUGCCAAAUUGUAUGAGAAUAAGAAAAUAGCUAGUGCCACCCACAACAUCUAUGCCUACAGAAUAUAUUGUGAGGAUAAACAGACCUUCUUGCAGGACUGUGAGGAUGAUGGGGAAACAGCAGCUGGUGGGCGUCUUUUGCAUCUUAUGGAGAUUUUGAAUGUGAGGAAUGUCAUGGUGGUGGUAUCACGCUGGUAUGGAGGGAUUCUGCUAGGACCAGAUCGGUUUAAACAUAUCAACAACUGUGCCAGGAACAUACUAGUGGAGAAGAACUAUACACAUUCACCUGACGAAUCAUCUAAGACUUUGGGGAAGAACAAAAAAGUAAGAAAAGACAAGAAAAGGAGUGAACAUUAAUACUUGAAACUACAUGAAAGGUUAAUUUGCCUAUAAUUAUAUACACACUCUGUAGUCAUCAAGAAAUCUAUUGUACUGAGAGAGUAUCCUUGACCGCUCAAGUCAGCCAAUUCAUCGUAGGCAUCAACAUUAUCUUUUCUUCUUUAGUCAUAUCAUCUGCCAAAAAUAGAGAACUUAUGAUAUAUUCAUGUAUGUUUCAGGCUUAUUCAGAAGAACUAAUUUGAACUUAAUCACCCCUCAUCUAAUUUUAGGAAGGUAACAGUUGCCCAGGGCAGUACCUGAAUUAACUGUCCAUUUCAGUAUGUGUCAAGUGCCUUUGUUAGGUGGGGAAGAAAUGUCUCUAGAGGAAUAUAAGUUUCUGAUUUCUUGUCAUUGGGAUUCUCGUUUUGUUAGAUGAAUAUUGCAUUUUACUGCUCUUUAUAGCUUAUUGGAAAAAGAACUUCUUGAAGAUUGAGCUUAGAAAGUUUCUUUUUAUGAUUUGAGUUCAGGAGUGUGUCACCUUUCAUUUUGUAGUAUUCAUCAUUAAGUAAUGGAUUAAGUGAAAUCCAGGAGUAUCCAUCUUUCGUUAUAUGCUAAGGUGAUCAUUUAUCUAACAUACUUGUUAGCAGAAGUGUUUUGCCUCAAUUUCUUUCACAAAUUGGUGAUUGUGAAAUUUUUAAAAGUGAUUUUCCAGUGUCUGCCUUUUUUUUUUUUUCUUUUAAUUCUUGUAAAACAAUAAACAUGGAGUGUCAAUAGGCUUCUUCUGCCCCUGAAA